UUUACAAAAUUAAUACUCUUUUUAAUGCAGAUGUUUUCAUGUCCAAACUGCUUUUCUUUGAAGGUAACUUCAAGUUCCACGUGCCUAAAUACAAUAAUAAUAAUGCUGUGCUUUUUAGUUUUCCCUCCUGGUAUAUCCAAUCUGGCCUUUUCUCUGAACGGCGUUGGGAAGAUAAACUCCACUGUGUUACGCAGUGAGAGCCUCACCUCUGUAACGCACCUCCAGAUAGAGAAAUCAGGAAUCACAGGGAUCACUGAAGGCGCCUUCAGUUCUUUCGAGAACCUCACAAAUCUCAAUUUGAACCAUAACUUGCUGACCGAGAUCAACCCAAAGUGGUUGGGUCGUCCUCAUAUCCUCAGAAACCUCAGCCUCGCAGAAAACCAGAUAGAAGCUCUGAGUGAGUCCAUGCUGCACGGCCUCGAUAGCCUCGUGAGUCUCAGUCUGAAUAAGAACAAGAUCAGAACAAUCCAUCAAAAUACGUUCAGCAAUAACUCCGUCCUGGCUGAGUUGGACCUGUCUGGGAACAGGAUGACUUGGGUCUCCCCUCAGGUCUUCCAGUCCCUCAGGUCCACCCGGAUCAGACUGGACGGGAACCCCUGGAACUGUUCCUGCGGGGCUGGAGACUUUGUGCACUUCCUGAAAGAUCUGCAGAACAGAUCUCUGCUGGACAGACCGAUGGACGUGACCUGUGAGAGUCCUCCGUCUCUGAGGAGUCAGCGAGUGUGGAACGUGUCUGUGUGUGUGACGCCACCCCCCCCACCACCAACAGCGCCUGUAACUCCAACCCUCCAACCCUCUACCACCCUCACAUCAGGCCCCACAUCCACAUCUGCAACUCGUGUGACAUCAACUACGUCAGUGACAGAGUUCUCUGUCCAUCCUAAACCCUCUGACCCCUCCACAAUGACCCCUACACCUACACCUACAUCUACACCUACACCUACAACUACACCUACAACCACUCAUACUUGCGUGACACCCCAACCACCAACAGCUACACACAUCGUCUGCACACUCUUUGGUGUGAUAGGUACAUUCUGCACAGGAGGAAACGCAACAACAAAAGCGUGA